AUAUUGAGUGGGAAAUCUAGCUUGAAAUGUCUCCAACGUUUGCUUCUUGUCUGCUGUUCUUCAUCCUCAUUGUCGAAGGUGCUAGAGGAGCCACAUUUAUGUUGAUCAAUAGAUGCGGUUACACGGUAUGGCCAGGAGUUCUGGCCAAUGCCAGCAGUACCGGGUUGAAUACCACCGGUUUCGAACUUGCCCCGGGGACGUGGCGGGGUUUUGAGGUGACAUCGAGUUGGUCCGGUCGGAUCUGGGGGAGAACCGGCUGUAAUUUCGACGCCGGAAGUGGACAAGGAAGCUGCGCCACCGGCGACUGCCGGUCCAAUCAGGUCGAAUGCAAUGGCGCCGGCGCAACACCUCCGGCAACGCUGGCGGAGUUCACGAUCGCGUCAUCGGGCGCUAAUAAUAUGGACUUCUACGACGUCAGCCUGGUGGACGGAUACAACUUGCCAAUGCAAGUGGAAGCCAUUGGCAGGAUCGGAGCGUGCGGGUCAACCGGUUGCGCCGCGGACGUGAACCGGAUUUGCCCGAAGGAACUCCGGUCCGGAGACGGGCUGGCAUGCAGAAGCGCGUGCGACGCAUUCGGCAACCCGGAAUACUGUUGCAGCGGCGCGUACGGUUCACCUUCGACAUGUCAGCCGUCGAUGUACUCCCAAAUCUUCAAAAAUGCAUGCCCCACGUCUUAUAGCUACGCCUACGAUGACGCCACUAGUACUUUUACGUGCUCAGGCGCCGAUUAUAAAAUUACAUUCUGCCCUUCAACCACAAGUGGAUCAGGAGCAUCUUCGGCGAGUGGACCUCCGGCGGAGGAUUCGGGGCCGCAGAAUGGAACGGGAGAUACAAUAUCGCACUUUGCCUUGCAUUCCAAGGCUAUUCCGUGA